AGCCAAACUCCUCACGAAAUACGCCGCGCCUAAUGGAGCCGGACAUGCAUCUACCUCCGCGAAACCUGCCCCCUUGGGUCAUGCCCGGACGAACUCUAUGACGACGAAGACGCAGCCGGCGCCUUCGGCGUUGAAGAAAUACGCAUCGACGACCUCGGUUGUCUCAAGACCUCCUUCUCCGACGAAAAAGGGAGAUGGGAUAGAUAUCGGAACGUAUGACGGGGCGUUAGAAAGGGACGUGGGCGACUUGGUGUAUGGAGAGGCAGCGGAGGACUUAGCCCUGGAUUCGAGCGCCGACAAAACGAGACCAACGCGAGAAUGGCAUCUCACCGAUUUCGAGAUUGGACGACCGCUUGGCAAAGGCAAAUUCGGCCGUGUCUACAUGGUCCGCACGAAAACGGAGCCACGCUUCAUCAUCGCCCUCAAAACGCUUUACAAGUCAGAACUCGUCCAGUCCAAGGUCGAGAAGCAGCUCCGUCGCGAGAUCGAAAUCCAGCAGCACCUCCGCCACCCGAACGUUCUCCGCCUUUACGGAUACUUCCACGACGAGAAACGCAUCUUCCUCAUGCUCGAAUUCGCGGGCAAGGGCGAACUAUACCGCCAACUGAGCAAGCACGGAAGCUUUUCUGAGAAGCGCAGCGCACGGUACAUCGACCAAAUGGCGGACGCGCUCGGCUACCUGCACUCAAAGCACGUCAUCCACCGCGACAUUAAACCGGAGAACCUGCUGUUGGGUAUCAACGGCGAGCUGAAGAUUGCCGACUUUGGAUGGAGCGUGCACGCACCCGGCAACAGGAGGACGACGCUGUGCGGCACGCUCGACUACCUUCCGCCGGAGAUGGUGGAAGGGAAGGAACACAACGAGAAGGUCGAUCAUUGGGCGCUCGGAGUUCUCACCUACGAAUUUAUCUGCGGCAGUCCACCUUUUGAAGAUCUCAGCGGAUACAAUGCGACCUACAAACGUAUUGCGCGAGUGGACCUGAAGAUCCCACCCAAGGUUUCCGCGGAGGCAGCCGACUUGAUCCGCAAGCUCCUGAGGUAUAACCCGGCGGAGCGUCUUCCCCUCGCGGACGUUAGGCGUCACCCAUGGGUCGUCAAAUACCGCUCUAAGGAUGGUUCCAAUGCGGCGCAAUCCUAACCCUGCCUCUGAAUUGUUCCUCGUCACCUCGGACAUAUACGCACGCCGCAUGCACCCUCAUCAGUGGUUUCGGUAAUUCAUUUGUAGAUUAUGAUAUUAUGAGCAUGCGUAUCUAUGGCCC